CAUUUAAAUUAUGACCGAGCUUGGUUACGAUUUCUUGGUGCCUUGUGUUAGUUGAUCGUUUGCUUCCAUUCAAAACUGUUAAGAAGAUUUUGAUGUCUCAUUCGAGCCACCUUUCUUAGAUUUGUACUGUUUGAUGCGAUCGUCGGUGGUUACAAGCCCUAUUCUCUCUUCGGUUCUUCGAUGAGUCCACGGUUUGUGCUUGUUUUCCGGAACAAGGGUUUUUCUUCAUUUUUGCGAUGAAUCGUAUCCGAUUGGUCGAAAGUGUUGCCAAAGGCAAGGAAGUGGUCCGAUUUGGGUGCAGAAGGGCGUUUGCUGCGGCAGCCGGUAAAAAGAAAGGUGGGAAGGGAGGUGGAGGUAGUGAUGCUCCAAAAGCCUCGAGCCUGAGCAAAGAGAUCAAAUCCACGACCGUGUUUGGUGCUAAUAUCCUCAAAGAUGGAGCUGACCCAAAGAUCUUGCCCGAUUCCGAGUACCCUGAUUGGCUCUGGCAUCUUCUCGAUAAGCAUCCUGCCCUCAGUGAACUGAGAAGGAAGGACGUCGAAACCCUUCCUUACGAUGAUCUCAAACGGUUUGUCAAACUCGACACCCGAGCCAGAAUCAAGGAGAACAAUUCUGUGAGGGCCAAGAACUGAGAUUCAAUCUUCUGUAAGAUGCUUCUGUUCUCUUCUUCCUCUAUUAUACUCUGCACUCACUUUCUUUUCAGUGUUGUUGAUUACAUGCCAUUGAUUUUAUAUAAACCUGUGAUGUUGAUUACAUGCCAUUGGCUCUAGAUUAAACCAAUAUCUUUGCUA